AAAAUUAGGCACCAUCUAGUACUUCUAGAAAUAUAUAGAAAAAAAUUAGAAAAAAACAGCUGCCACAACAGGCAGUUUGGAAAACCAAAUCCAAUUAAAAUGAUUUCUACUUUAUAUUGAUUCUAGGGACCUGAGUUUUGUACUGUAGCUUGAAGCCUUGAAUCAAAAUAAUUAAGAAAGAGAAGGGGAAAUGGAAGAAAACAAGAUGAAGAAGAAAGUGAUGGUGGCAAUAGACGAGAGCGAGUGCAGCCACUAUGCUCUCCAAUGGGCUCUUGAAAACCUUAGUGACACCAUCUCUGCUUCUAAGCUUUUCAUCUUCAACGCACAGCCUUUAGCCACUUUUGCUUACCUUUCUGCUGCCUCCUACGGUGCUGCUCCUCUGGAUUUGAUCACCACCGUGCAAGAAAAUCAAAAGAAGCUCACUUUAGCUUUGCUGGAGAAAGCCAAGGACAUCUGCGCCAAUUAUGGGGUUGAUGCAGAGACUAUGACAGAGGUUGGGAAUCCUAAAGAAAAAAUAUGUGAAGCUGUGGAAAAGCUUGACAUUGAGUUGCUUAUAUUGGGAAGCCAUGGUCGAGGAACUAUACAGAGGACUUUUCUGGGAAGUGUCAGUAAUCAUUGUGUUCAAAAUGCCAAGUGCCCUGUCCUUGUGGUGAGGAAACCAGCUUGAAAGGAUUAGCUGUAGUAAGUGAAGUCUAUUACUAUCAUCCAUUACCAGUUUAGUGUUUGAUAAGUGAAAAAGCUUGUGUUUCUAUAUUUUGCUCAUAUGUUUGAGGUUUUAAGGUUGUAAAUAAAUGGAAUUUAUAUCAAAAUGAACGAAAAUUGUGUUUAUGAAAACAAUAAAUAAAUAAGAAUGCAACUUGUUAAUUUGGCUUUGAAUGUCUUGUUUACUAUGGGACACAAAUUUGAAUA